CAGAAAAAAUGCAGAGUCGGUAGUUCCACAAUGUUCGCAUUCGCUCUUCUUGGUCUCAUCGCUGCGGCUCAGGCCGUCGAAUUUGAAAUAGUCAACAACGAAGGUGGCCCUGUUUGGGUGGGCAUUCAGGGAAACCCAGGACAUGAACACCUCAGCAAUGGUGGAUUGAUUUUGAAUCAGGGCCAAAGUGUCACUUUGCAAGCUGCAGAAGACUGGGCUGGUCGUUUCUGGCCCAGGACUUGGUGCGACCCCGACACCCAGCAUUGCCAGACCGGAGACUGUGGAAACAAAGUCGAAUGUGGGGGUGCUGGCGGUGUUCCUCCAGCUUCCUUGGCCGAAAUCACCCUUAAAGGGUAUGGAGGUAUCGACUAUUAUGAUAUUUCUUUGGUCGAUGGCUACAACAUCCGAAUUGCCAUGGAACCAAUUGGGGGACAUGGGGAUGGUAGCCAAUACAGUUGCACCAAAUGUGCCUGCAGUGUAAAUCUCCUCGACAUUUGCCCACAAGAACUCAAAAUCAUCAAUGGUGAAGGUUACACCAUUGCUUGUAACUCCGCUUGUGGUGCUUUCAACACCGAUGAGUACUGUUGCCGUGGCGCUCACAACACGCCUGAAACCUGCAAGUCGUCCGAUUGGCCCGUCGAUUAUCCAGCUUUCUUCAAAAGCAAUUGUCCUGACGCUUACAGCUACGCUUACGAUGACCAUAAGAGUACCUUCACUUGCCAAGCAGAAAAAUACCGUGUUACCUUCGGUUAAGCGUUUUAUAUUUACUCAUUUAUUUAAUAAUAAAACAUUUUCUCAGUAAAAA